AUUGAACAAUCUUCUGGAAGUCUAGCAGAAGCCUAAAACCUCAAUUCCAUUUAUCAUCGAGAUCAAGCGCCUGAGUCUCGAAACACAGCGUUGAGCAAGGUCGGUGCCUAUCUCAAAUAGCGGCCGGAGUAGUCUUGCCAAAUAUCAUUCUAGUCCUCGCUGGCGUCAUAGGAAUAAAUUGAUCUACUGCUCUGUCUGACGACUAGCGUAGGGCGCGUCACAGCCAACUACUACCUGCACUAAACCUGAUACAACAAAGAUGCCGAUCAAAUGCAUUUGCGCAAGGUUUCUAGUCUCGCGAGACCAACAGCCACCAGCCAAACUAGAGCGCCGGGCCCAACCCCCGGACCCCCAGGCACGGCGACAGCGCCAGCGCCAGCGACCACCACCACCACCACCGGCCGUGGCGCGCAAUUCCGCCGAGGAGAUGCAUCACAAGGCGCGCAACACCACCCGCGCCCACCUGCGAGAACUCCACCGCCGGGUCCAAGCGUCACAGUUACAGUCUCUCUCCGAGUCCGAAACCAGGGACCUCGGUAUUGAUUGCGUCGAGCUCCCGCUCCGCCCAGAUGGGCUCUUGCCCGAAGAGACAGACGAAGCCGUAUACUUCCACCCGUGGCCGAUUCGGCGCCUCGAGGCCCACCCCGUUGACAUGACGGACCCAACCACCCGGGAAUCCGCCCGCGUCAAGGAGAAGCUCUGGGCGCGCUUCGACCGGAAGGGGACCGACCAGGACGGCUUCCUGAGUGCGGUCCUCGCGGACGAGUUCCUCGAGUACCUGCGCGAGGGGCCGCUGGGUCGGGAUACAUUGGAGCAGUUCUCUCUGUGGACUGAGGGAACCUUUGAAGGUGGCAUCAUUCGAUCGCGGUACAUGGAUUUCAGCGCCUCGGCGGAUCCGGACACGGGGCCUAGGGCUGCGCACGCGGCGGACUUCAAGUUCGAGGAAGCGUGGUGUGCGCGCAAGGGAAAUCCCCAUGUCAGUCUCAUCGUGACGCACAAGGUGGCUCCGGAGGAGAGGUUGCUGCGCACCGAAGUCCUGGCCCUCGUGGGCAUUAUGAGGACACGGCUAAGUCGAGCGGCGCUGAAGGAGCAUACGAUCAUCCCGAUCAACAUGAUAUCAUGCAUGAGACAGCGCCAAGCGAGGAUACUCCAGGCGCACUUCGACGGCGAAGACCUGGUGAUCCGCAAGAGCCAUCUCUACGACUUCAGCACGCGAGAUCUUCGCGAGAAGAACAUUCCAUUGUUCUUACUUUACAUGGCCAGCAGGCCUAUCGGAGAUACCAGAGCUUAUAAGAAACGGAUCCGGGAAGUGUAGGUGUCUGCUAUCAUUAUGCGAAAUGACC